AUGUUUCAGAGAGAGCUCGAAAUUUGGAGGAGGCUGCGACAUUCUAAUAUUUUGAAGUUCAUGGGUACAACUUCAGACUUUGGUCCUUCAGUAGCUUUGGUUGCUCCGUGGGUCGCCAACGGCACUCUGACAUCGUUUCUCAAGCAGAACAGUGACAUUCUUACGCUACUCGAUCGUAUGUGUCUGGUGAGGACCUCAAGUACCUUGACUGAAGAUGGAUACCCAGAAUGCAAUCCAGUCGUUCACGGAGAUCUCACUGGCACCAACGUUCUCGUCGAUAGUAAUAGAAAGGCAUAUCUCGCAGAUUUUGGUCUUUCUGGAACUUUAACACGACAACCCGGCAUGACGUACCUCGCAAAGUCGAGCUGCCGUCCAGGAGCAGUGAGGUGGACAGCUCCUGAACUUCUUGCUGGGGAAGAACCAGCCUCUGCAAUUACUACUCAGAGCGACAUUUACUCAUUCGGUAACAUUUUUCUCCAAGUUUUGACGGGAAAUGUACCCUGGCCUCACUUAACUCGUGAAGCCGCAAUCUUGCGCAAAGUGAUCCUUGAGCAGGAACUGCAUCCUCGUCCAGAUGACGGUCGUGUCGCCGACCACUUCUGGGAUUUUAUGACCUGUUGCUGGUCUAUAGUACCCACCGAUCGGCCUUCUGCCACAGAAGCACUUCAGUUUGUUGAU